AUGAACUUAGAAAUCUUACCCAAUGAAUUAUUCUUGAAAUUAUUCGAUUAUUUGACUAUUCUGGAUGUAUUUCAAGCAUUUGAGAAUCUUAACUUUCGUUUUCAAAGUCUCAUUCUGAUUUAUUGUCGUGAUAUUCGCUUGAAUUUUCAGGGAAUAUCCAAAACAAACUUCGAUAUCAUUUGCCGCAAAUAUCUGCCUUUAUUCGCCAAGCAAAUUCGUUCACUUCAACUCGCAAACGAUGAUGAUACUCCUCAACAAAUUCCUCUCUUCAUUUCCUAUGGUUUUCAUCUACAAAACUUCACUUUUUUGCAAACACUUUCCUUAUCGCAUAUUCAUUCGUCAUAUCUACUAGAUAAACUUCUUACCGAAUGUUCUCAUCUAUCCUUUCUCACCAGCCUAUCCAUCAUCAAUUGUCAAGUAUCAAUCAAUCACUCAACAGCUGAGCAUUUGCACAAUCAAAUUUGGAGUUUACCGAACUUAACUCAAUGUUACUUCGAUAUUCAUUCUCCUAACCGAAACCAUUUUCCAACGCCAACAAUCGUUUCCCAAUCGAUGAAAUCUCUAUCAAUUCCGAACAUAUCCUGCUAUUUAAAUCCAUUGAUACUUCUGCUUCAGUCCACACCAAACCUGGAAUAUCUAUCCAUUACUUAUAUCGAUUACAUUGAUCAAUACAAUAUGCCAUUACCCAUGCUUUCAAUCACACGAUUAAAACUGUCAUUCGAUUGUUCAUUGAAUAUUCUCAAAUAUCUUUUACAAAACCUUCCUAAUCUAUGUCAUUUAACUUUAGACACAUGUAAUCUUUACAUGAAUGGAUAUCAAUGGGAAGAAUUGAUCACGAGUUACCUUCCUAACUUGAAAAGAUUUCGUUUUAAAAUGAGAUUUUCACCGACAUUGGAUACUGAGAGAGAAGUGCAAAUGAAUGAGAUACUCGAUUCGUUCCGAACAAAGUUCUGGAUCGAAGAACAUCGAUGGUUCGUUCGAUGCCAUUGGUAUGCAUCCAACGAACAGUAUCGUUUAGAUUUCAUUGAUCUAUUCACUUUACCUUAUAUGUUCAAAGAGUUUCUUAGCUACACAGGAUGUAUCUUAGCGAAAUCAACAUGUGCAUCGGAUGAUUGCUUCUGGUCUUAUGAUCAAGUGAAUCAAUUAUGCUAUGGCUCAUCGCAUUUCACCAGUUCCAUCAUGUCUCGCAUACGCUUUUCGAAUAUCGAACAUCUGUCAUUAUCAUUACCUUAUAACGAACAAUUCUUAUUAGUUAUUCCGAAACUCGAUCGAUUGGUUUCAUUAUUUGUCUCGAUUAAUAAGCAUAAAGAUACGAGUAGCAUUCCAUCGCAAUUGCAAUUAUUAUUAGAUCGAGCAAAAUACUUGACAACAUUAAGCUUUGGAUCAUGGGGUUCGACGAGUUUAGAAAUGCUAUUUACGAAUAUUGUGAAUAAAACAAUACGGAAACUGAAUUUUCAAGGAUAUAUUUGCGGUAAAAACUGGCGUUGUUUCGACGAGAAGCAAUGCCUUGAAUUGAUUCAUUCACCAUUAGGAGUUCAAUGUGAAACUUUAUUGAUCAAAGUCAAAAACCGUAUAUGCAUAUAUAAUCUGGUCAAAGAAAUGCAACGUCUUCAAGCGUUAAACGUUCGAUGUGAAAAUGAUCGAUGGACACAGGAGAAUAGUUUAUCAUCAUCGGCUCGCGAUGACUUGAUCGAAUGGUUGAAAGAGUGCGUGCCUAGAUCAUGUGUGAUUACGAGAGAUACGUAUCGAAUCGGUGAUAUUCGAUUAUGGAUUCGAUAA